AUGGACCCUAAGGAAAGCCCAGAUGGCCAAUUUCUUCAAGGGCCUAUUGAUGAUGCAUGGAACUAUGAGCUUCUCCGUACUCUGAAGCCUCAGUGGCAAGUGCCCGGCCCAAAGCAACUUCUAGACAUCCAAUGCUGUGAGGAUUCGGAAAAGGUGGACGUGCUUCCCACGCGCGUGCCCACAAUGGUGCUAGCGCAAAGCAUUCUGUUAGGAUCUUGCAAAUUUUUCCCCCCUCGUGAAGAUAGUGAUGGUUUGAAGAUGGAUCCUUCAGGCAAGAGCAAAGAUGAGGAAGGAGAUGAUGAAAGUAAGACUAAAAAUAGUGCAAGCUCGAGCAAUAGCAUUGUGGAGGAGAGCGAGAAAGCUAACUCUAGCAGGGUAAGGCCAUAUGCAAGAUCUAAGGUGCCUAGGCUAAGAUGGACUGCGGAUCUUCAUCUUUGCUUUGUUCAAGCUGUCAGGAGACUUGGUGGCCAUGAGAGGGCAACUCCAAAACUAGUGUUGCAACUAAUGAACAUCAAGGGGCUAAGUAUUGCUCAUGUCAAGAGCCAUCUACAGCAGAUGUACCGGAGCAAGAAGAUUGAUGAUCAAGGUCAAGUUGUAAACAGUAGGGGGGAUCUAAUUGGCAGUUCGGAAUACUUCUCUCACGACUUUUGGCAACAAUCUCUGAUUCCAAAUAUUGAUCACAAUCAUAAUUCUAACUUCAGAUGUGGAAACGUUUCCUGUAGUACUGGACAUGGAAGCUGUUUCACCAGACCUUCUGUACCGGUACCAGAUAGCGUAAAUAUUAGAAGUGGAUCUGGAUUUUAUAACUCAAAGGCUGAGAAGAUUAAAGGAGAAUUUGUUUCAAGCACAAGACAUGGAGCUUUUGAUUCAUGCAACGAUUCAACCUUCAGCGACCAACGUAGAAAGCUAAUGCAAGAAUUCCAGGAUACUGAAUCUCAUCAAUCGAUGUACAAUGGCGAGUCGAUCCAAAGCCAAAUAAGUUCAACCAUGAAACAACCCUAUUUUGCAGCCCAAAUUUCUAAAAGAGGAGGAAACACUAACGAUUCAAUCAGCUUAGAGAAGAAGUGGAGCUUUGACGUGGACAAGUUUAACAAGUCUAAAAGGAAGGCUGAUGAUCUUGAUUUAAGUCUUUCACUUUGCACAAAAUUGAAAGAGAAGGAGGGCAGGAGAAGUUUAUCAUGGGAUGAAGAAGAUGUGGGCAGCAAUUUAUCUCUUUUUUUAUCUUCUACUUCAACAAAAGAAAGCAAUUCUAUCAAUCUAAACAUGCCAUCGAAGUAUCCGAAAUUGACAAGUACCCUGGAUCUGACUAUGUGA